AACCGGAACAUUAGAUAGCUUCGUUGCCCCUUCAGCACAAACAAAAAUGGCGGACGUUGACAAGUGGAUCGAGGUGGCCAAAGAGUGCAAGUAUCUACCAGAAAACGACCUUAAGAGACUGUGUGAGUCAGUAUGUGAGUUACUAUUAGAGGAAGGCAAUAUCCAGCCGGUGUCCAGUCCUGUUACUGUCUGCGGGGAUAUCCAUGGCCAGUUUUAUGACCUGGAGGAGCUGUUCAGGACGGGAGGGCAGGUGCCAGAUACGAAUUACAUCUUCAUGGGUGACUUUGUGGACCGGGGUUACUACAGCCUGGAGACACUCACUCGCCUCCUCACACUGAAGGUGAAGUGGCCCCACAAGAUCACACUGCUCAGGGGGAACCACGAGUCACGCCAGAUUACUCAAGUUUAUGGAUUUUAUGAUGAGUGCCAGAAUAAGUAUGGAAAUGUGAAUGCCUGGAAAUACUGCUGCAAAGUAUUUGAUCUCCUAACUAUAGCUGCGAUCAUAGACGAUGAAAUUCUGUGUGUGCACGGAGGCCUGUCACCGGAGAUUAACACCCUGGACCAGAUCAGAACCAUUAACCGAAACCAAGAGAUUCCACAUAAAGGUGCCUUCUGCGACCUGGUGUGGAGCGACCCUGAGGAGAUUGAGUCGUGGUCCAUGUCGCCGCGAGGGGCCGGCUGGCUCUUUGGUGCAUCCGUCACUCAGAAGUUCACCGAAACCAACAAUCUGAGGCUCAUCUGUCGGGCCCACCAGCUUGUCAAUGAAGGCAUCAAGUAUAUGUUUGAUGGCAAGCUGGUGACAGUGUGGUCGGCCCCGAACUACUGCUACAGAGCUGGCAAUGUGGCUUCCAUCCUGUGCUUCACUUCCACCACCGAGAAGCAGGCCAAGCUGUUUGAUGCCGUGCCAGAUGACAAGAGAAUCAUUCCCCCGGUCCACACCACACCUUACUUCCUCUGAAUGAGCUGCAAGGCAAUAACCACUGUAAGUUGUGUAUAUUUCUUGACGGUGUUUUCAUCCUGCCUCUGUGAACGAACGGGUAUGUGGAUGGAGGUUCCCCUGGCGAAGCUGAUGAGGAUUGUUUCGAAAAGUUUAUUUGUUUUUUUUUUGGUUGAAUUGUCGUGCGUGUUUCUUUAAGUUCGCACGCCACCCCCGCCGGUGAGUGAGUGGUGUGCUGCAGAACCUUGAUUGUAGGUAUGUUGUUGGUAUUCUGUUCAUUAGUCUUGUUUCAGUUGGUCCAGUUACUCACACAAACACUCUUAGUCAGGGAUUGCUGGUGAUCUUUGUAAGCCAUGCAGUGUCUUAUCGUAUGCUGCGUUGAGCACUGUCGUAAAAAUAGUCGUCCCCCACACACACACACACACACACACACACACACACACACACACACACACACACACACACACACACACACACACACACAACAUCUACACAAAUGGUCAAGGUUCUGCUGGACUUCCUUAUCACACAAUGCCCAUGCAAGGUGGAAAAGAAAAAAUGAACAAAAAAACACAAAAACUAAAUCCUUGUAAAAUCGUUGCCAUAUCAGAAUACACAACUUUCCUCAUUCGGCGCAAUGGACCGCCUCCUCCGUUUGUGAUAUUAUUUGCCGGGGAAACCUCUCCAUCCUGAAAGUUCAAGCAACAAGGGUCUUUCACAACAGCUCCUGAGACUUGCAUAUGUUCCAGGCAUCUCACGACAGCGGAGGUCUUGUGCCUUGGUGCUCGGCUGAGAAAAAAAGAACUUAAACCUAUAUACUGUUGAGCAGCAUCCCAGUUAAGGGGGAAUCUAUAAAAAACAGAAAAAAAAAAAGAAGUAUAUAUUUAAGAUUUAGAGCAGUUAAUGGAGAUGCAGUUUUAAUACUUUUGAAUUCCCCUAUAUGUGUUUUAUUAUUUUUCUUUUUUGUAGUGUUUUUUCCCCAUUUUUCUCUGUUUUCCCUCCCCAUUCAUAUCUUUUAUAAUAGCCAAUGAAACCUGAUCUCUCAUUUCAACAUUGUGUCAGAGUGAAGAGAAGCGUAUGUACGUACGUGUGUUAGACGUGAGUGUGAACUGUAGGUCUUGAGAUCCAGCUGUUAUUUAAUGGUGCUGAAAGAUACUACACUUAUCACCACACACACACACACACACACACACACACACACACACACACACACACACACACACACACACACACACACACACACACACACACACAGCUUUAUGCAUUCUUGGGGUGUGAUUCCUCUCAGAUCAUGCAUUGAGCCAGUAGUGUGAUGGAUAUUGUUUUUUGUUUUAUUUUUUCUAUCCCUUCAUAUCAAUCCAGAAAUACAACAUAUGGUUAUGUCUUAGUGCAAUAAUGGUUUGCAUUUAUAGCUCAAGAAAACCAUAUGCAAUGAAGCAUAUCUGUACGAACAUGUGUUGUUAUGUGUCAAAAAAAAAAAAAAAAAAAAGACCAGGAAUAGCAGUGAUGAUAUAAUAAUAAUAAUAAAAACAUUGAUAAAACAUUGAGGAUUACAAACAGCACACACAUACAGGGAGGAACUGGUGAAAGUAUUAGGUGAAGUGUGAGGUUAUUGUAUUACACUGGAUGCUGGUGACCUCCUGCCUGCCUGGCUCACAGUGCAGCACCAACAAGGGCUGGGUACCUGACAGGCUGGGAGACACAGGACACUAUCUGUGAGGACACUUGCACAAAGACUGCUUUUAUAUCACUGGAGAUGUCCCAAGAGAGAGAGAGAGAGAGAGAGAGAGAGAGAGAGAUCAAGUGAAGAAAUAAACAGAUUACUCCCAAAUAAAUAAAAAAAAAAAACAUUAAAUUAAAAGUUUACAGAUAUGCCCCCAGACACUGAACAAAACUAGAGAGAGAGAUAGAGAGAAUGAGAGUCCAGACAGUUGAACAAAAAAUACAUAGUCAGAGAGAGAGUGAGAGCGGAGAGUAAGUGAGUGAGUGAGUGUGUGUGUGAAUGAAUGUUUAUGUAAUGCCUCUGUUGUGCCACUUAACCAUUGUAAACAGUGAUGGAAUACCUGUAGAUAGCUGGUAAGCUUUAAAAGGAGGCAUGUGGAGUCAAAACUAUGCAUUUUAGGGGGCCACUUUCACUUAAUACAUCAGCAGCAACCACAACAACAUUACACUCACCAGAAUAGUUGUGACUGGUGCACUUGCUUUGGACUGCUCUCUCUCUCUCUCUCUCUCUCUCUCUCUCUCUCUCUCUCUCUCUCUCUCUCUCUCUCUCUCUCUCUCUCUCUCUCUCUCUCUCUCUUAGUGGCAGUGUGGCCUUUCCGUGGCAUUUUUCUGUUAAUGUUUUCCUUUUUUUUUUUUUUUUUUUUUUUUUUUUUUCCUUUUAAUUCGUUUCUUACUUUUUUGUUCCUUUUUUUUCCUUCCUUUCCUUGACUUUUUUUUUGCAUUUUUUUCUACACCUGCAUCUUUUUCUUUGGACUUGUUCGUCUUGCUUUCUUUUUCUUCCAAUAUUUUUUUCCUCAGAGACUUCAUUCCAUGUUUCUUUUUUUACGUACCUGUUUAUUUGUUUGUUUUGGCAUGUAUGUUUUGUGCAUUUUCUCUCCUCCGUCCAUUAUUCUUUGCCAAUUGCCUUUCUUCAUUGAGUUUUCUUUUUUUAAUGAUGUACUUUAUUUAUUACUUUGUAUGAUGCUUCGGGGUAGAUAGCAGACGUCAAAUCAUCAUAAUUCCAGCUUGUUUUAAUGGGCUUAGGCUAAAAAGGUCUUGAUUCUUCUUUACAUCACCCAAUACCAUAGAAAGUCCAUGAGCAACAAAUGAAAAAUAGAGCUUGCUGUGUAUACUGUAUUGGUCUUUUUUUGCAAAUGCCAGACCUGAGAGUGACAAAAGCUGCUCAGAGAUGUAAGAAAGGUUAAAAAGUCACACAAGACCACGAAUCCAUGAGCAUCAAAUGAGAAGCAGAGUUUACUGUAGGGAAUAUUGGUCUUUUUUUUUUUUUACAAGUGCCAAGCCUGGGAGGAUGACAAAAUCAGCUCAGAUAUGAUGUAAGAAAGGAUAAAAUGUUUGUGUGCCUGCUUUUCAGUGGCAUUUUGUAAUCAUACCAGAUAACAGCAAAAAAAUGUGGUCUUUAGUGCAAGGGUAAUAAAAGCAGCUGAGAGGUGAUGUAAGAGAGGAUAAAAAGUUUGUGUCUAUCUUUCAAUGGCAUUUUAUAAUCAUACUAGAGAUAAUCUAAGGAAAAUUUGUUGUGGUUCUAAGUUUUCAUUCGGUGAGUAGAUGUUGUAAGCAGUUAUUGAGCAUAUGGUUUGUUUCUGCCUUGAGUCACACUAUGGCAUUGGUUUUGUAGUCUGGAAGUGUCCUAAGGAAGUGAACUGUUGAGGAUGUCCAGCCGUCCUCUCAGUGACCAGGCAUUGACAUGUGAUGGGAGUGAAUGUUGUGCAAAGGCUUGUGUCAUUCAUAGCAUUUUGUAGUCAUAGUAUAAAAAUAUAGAAAAGUGAUUGAAAAUAGUCUGGUUUCCAUUCUGUGACUUUUUAAUGUGGUUCUUGGACAGUGAUGUUAGAGUGACAGCUUGCCAUACAUCUGAAAUGACAAAAAAGCACUAGACAAAUACUUAAAUUUACUUGUAAUUCUUUUAUCUUGACCAGGAACUUGCCUUGUGUUUUAUGGAUUGGCGUGAUACAAUAACAGGCCAGGCGGUGCUUUGGUCCAUAUUCUGAAACACCUCUCUGCCAGACCUCCACUACUUUUCAAGGCUCUAAUUCAAGUUACAUUGGUUUUGAAGUGUUUUUCUAGAGUUUUGGUGAUAGAUUAAUGAGAUUACGGCAUUAUGAAGAGGAGAAAUUCUGUUGACAACCCAGCUAAUCAUCUCUGUGGCCUUUGAAAAUAGUUGUGGUGAAAAAUGGAAGCGUUUCUGAAUAGAGGCCUGUGUUCCGUGGAAUGGUGAUUGUAUGGAGGCUCUCGGCUGAGUCACAAAUGGUCCCACUCACUGCUAGGCGAUUGGUGCUAAGCAAGCCAGAUACUUGAGCUCAAUACAUUUCAAAACACUUAUUCAUGGCCUUAAUUCUCUGCUGUGAAGUAAAAAAAAAGUGAUAAAAAACAUAAAAAAAAGGAAAGAUAAGAUAUUUCAGCUAGCAACCCAAAGUAUUUGUUGUACAGAAAGAUAAAAUGAAGGAUGUUUCUUUGUAUUGAAAUAUUUGCUGAGUGAGUGAAUAUUAUGAGACUGUGUUCAGCAUUACCUUGGAUACUUUGCCUUCAGUUGUGUGUUUGUGAGUAGGUGGUUGGCUGGCGGCAUUGCUAGUCACUGUUCAUCUCUUUCCGUCUGGCUUUCCUUCCAUGCAUUUCUGUUCACCCUUCGUGUCUCUCUCUCUGAUUGGCUGUGUCCCUGAUGCCCUAUUGUUUCCCAGUGAGGAGUGGCCACUGCAGCAAUGCCCAGUCAGUUCUUUCCAGGCAUAACACACUCCUUGCAUCCCUGUUACACUCUUCCACUGUGUCUUCCCAGCACAUUCGUGGCCUCCCUCCUGCACCUCACUCCUUCACUCAAGUAGGCUGAGAAGAUUUUUAUUCCAUUCAGAACCUUACUCAUCCCAGACUGUUGAGUUCUGAAUUGUAUAUGUCCGCAGCCUGUAGUUUAUUAUUAACCUGAUGUUUUAGUCAGAAAUAAUAGCCCUGAUUUAUUUACUUUUACCAUUACUGUUUUUUUGGGUGUGGACAUCUUGGUGGGCUGGGCAGCUGGUUUCUGUGCCGUCUGCCUGGCUGUGGCUCAGUGCAAGUGCAGGCUGCUGGACUUUUUUAAUUUUCUCAGCCUGUCCUUGAAUUUAACUGUCAUAUACUUUGUGUAGUCAGGGAGGAAGGUCAGUCGCCUUCUAGCAGCCUAUACCGAGGUCAAAGCGGACAGGAGGUUCAUCUUCAUCCACUGACUGUUACUGUGAUGUCACUAUUACCUGUGUAAUCUAGUUUUACUCAAAUUCCCAAACCAACAGUAGUCUGUGAUUGUCUUCAACAUUUCAAGGGAACUUUUAGUGAUUAACAGAAAAAACAGAUGUUUCUUAAUAAAGCUUUUGACAUGUUUAACUCUUCCUCAUUCAUUCCUCUAUUGUUAAAGUCUAUAUGUAGAGUUCAUUAUGACAGAAAUACAUACUAUUUUUUUUAGCCUAUGUUUUGCAGGCACGAAUAAGGUACAAAGUAUUAGACUGUAUUUAUGGGUAACCAAAGAAAUACCGGUAACUCAAGACUUUAUCUCAACACUGUGUAACAUCAUGCAUGGCCAACUUUGGAUGUGUCCCGGAAAGUGGCAAAGGUUUAUCAUUGUUACAAAAAGCUGUACAUCCCUAUGCACAAGUACUAUAUUUAAUUGAACUGUUCAUUGAUGUUUUUUUGUGAAAUACUACUAAUUGAAGCCUCCACUAUUUGGCUUUUUAAUUGACAUUUCUGUGUAGUUGCUUUAAAUAUGUUAAUUUUAAAAUCUUCAUAUUAGUAUACUCAUUGAAAGUUGUGAAAAUAAUCUCUAUUGCUGAAUAUUGUUUAGUUUGCAGAUGAAAGACUUAUUGUUAGUUUUAGGCAAAGUGCUGUUGCCAUAUAGCAGCUAGUGUUUGGUUAUGAUAAAUUUAUUACUUCUAAGUUACUCUCACUUAAAUCAUGAUGUGAUGUGUACUUUUUACUUGGAAUAGAGUAUGAGUUGUAAAUACAUUUCAUCAAGAACAGAAAUGAGUGUAAAGUUUGAAGUAAAAGUACUUUGAAAA